AUGGCUCGUAAAGAGUCCGCCUCCUCCUCUUCGGAGAUGAGGUACACAUGUGACCAGCCUGGCUGCACAAAGAGCUACUCUCGACCUGACCAUCUCCUUCGUCACAAGCUCAACCACGAUCAGGCCCGUAUCCUCUGCUGCAAUCAAUGCGAUCGCACCUUUGUUCGACAAGACCUUCUCAUUCGUCAUCUCGAACGACAUGCACUCCGUGGCAAGACGCUCGGCAGAUGGUCCAAUCGAAACAAGCAUGGUACCGCAGAGGACGGCGACGAUGCAAAUCGUUCUUCCUCUCCUAACAAAGGAUCCUCAGGUGCCUCAGCCAACAAGCGACACAGGUCUGGCACAACAUCCAAGACGGCUCGUUGGCCUCCCUCCAAAUCGAACAACAAUGACGACUCGGCAGGGAAUGACUCUGAAGACGAUGAAGGAAGUGAAAGUCCAAAGCUCGACAACAUCGACUUCAGGGAGCCCGGAUCAGACCCUAGAGCCAACAUCCAGUCGCGAGAUCUACCGCCGCCUCAGCCGCAACCUUCAUCCCUUGCCAAUCCGCAGCAGAUCCCUUCUCCUUGGUCCGCUUUCACAUCUGCUCCACUCGACUCUCCGGGCUCACAUGGGCAGUCAAACCCGUCAGCACCUUAUGCAGCGUCAUCGACGUGGUCUUCGAAUCCCCCCAUGUCGCCUCCCACUUCGCGUCCAGCUCACAACUAUGGUGCAACCGCUUCGAGCUACCGUGCAGCUCAAGCAAGCUCGAUCGACAAUGCUAGACCCCCUUCAGCCGAAAUGGGGCCAAACAACGCCGCUCAUUCGAACACUACCCCUUAUCCUGCCUCGUCGUAUCGCAAUGACUCGAUUUGGGCAGACGAUCCAGCGAAUGGCAACCUUCGACCAGAUCAUAUCAACGGCGAAGAACCAUCAGCGACGGCACAGCCUCACCAAUCAUUCGGCUGGAUCGCAACACCGCGCGAUACUAUGCCGAACAAUCAGAGUGCAGGUAGCUACACUCCGCAACCUUCGGCAUCCUACAUGUCUGCCUGGAAUGAGGCAAUGAACGAAGCGCCUCGACCUGAAAUGGCCAUGUCGAUGGGUGAUCUCGAUACUACCAAUGUUGUUCCCAAUCCCGCCAGGCCGCCAUCUGCGCUGCCUCCACCUGACCACGACAUCUUCCCAUUUGCACCUCCCAUGAUGGACCACGCGGCCCACUACGGCUGGCUCUUUGACGGCGUUGAUCCGUUCGGUGGUUCCAAUUGGGGUGGAAGCAUCGGUCGCCCGCCUACAGCUGGCAGCAACGCUCGUGGCGCCCAGUCUCAAACAUCAGGCUUCUCUCCCAGCAGCUCCGAUGGUCUCGGUGGGCUUCUGGGCAAUAUGCAUGGAUCUCAAAACGGCGCUGCUGCAGGUGCCAGUGCCGGCGAUGUCUCCAGCUUCGGUCGCGCCAUCGGCUCCGAAGCCGCUCUGACGUCGGGUAGUGAGGUCGAGACACCAAACGCGCUCGAAGAUCUGGCCUACUUUGCCGCCUUGCAGGCAGACAUCCCAAGUCGUGUCACCUAUCACCUCGAUCCGGUGGCUCACCGCCGACUUCUCAUCUUCCUGCAAUCAGUCAGCGAGCUUCCCAACUCUCCGCUUUUUACGCCGUCGGCACUCAGGUGCUACAUCUACCUCUUCUUUGUCAAGUUCAAUCGGCUCUAUCCGCUCGUCCAUGAGCCAACAUUUGCCGCCAGCACCACUGAUCCGAUGCUCCUCAGCGCGAUUGUCGUGAUCGGCGCACACUUUGCCGGGCUCCCCGCUCAUGAGCUCGCCGUGCGCAUCGCUCAGAAGAUCUGGGGUGCCAUCGUCAGUCUCGAAGAUUUCCGUCCUGCUCGUGCUACGCUGCCCAUGCUUCAAGCGCUUGUCCUCACCGAAUGCUUCGGCAAGGUCAUGAGUACACGACCGCAACACGAAAUGGCCCAUCUCUUCCACAACUUCAUCAUAACACUUGCACGCAGAAACGCUGUCUUUAAUGCUUCCACACCGAACCCAUCGCACCUCGACGACUCGGAGGGCUCAUGGCGAAGCUGGGCCAGGGAGGAAGAGAAGAAGCGUAUUGCCCUCUUUGCAUUCAUGCUCGACGCACAGCAUGCCACCAUUUUCCGACACAUCCCCUCGCUCUCGGCCUUCCAGAUCCAACUGCAUCUUCCCUGCGGCGACGAGGAGUGGAGCAUGGUCACGCCCGAAGCAUGGUUCCGACAUCGCAAACGUACGGGCUACAAGCCUCCCGGUCCUUUCAUUCCGGCGCUGAAAGCUUGCCUCAGCCCUGCGAAGACGCCGCAGGAUCUCGAUGCGUUCCCGCGCUUUGUGCUCCUACACGGUCUCAUGAGUAUCGCAUACGACCUGCAAUGGAAGCAGAACGUGUUGCUCGGUGCCGAAAACUCGCCAGGUGGCACCAAGAAUGCAGACAACGGCAUCGGUAACUGGAAGGACCGACUCUCAGCAGCUUACUCGUCUUUACAAGCCCGCAUGGACAUCGCCUACAUCAAGGCAGAUGAAGAGUCCAGCACUCGGCUGAUCCACCGCGCAACACCAAGCUUGGUCACUGCUGCUCAAAUUGCCUUGUUCGCCGACAUCAUCGAUAUUCAGAUCUACGCCGGGCUCCCUUCGGUUCUUGGGCGCUUCAUUGAUCGUGCCACUUUUAAUGCCUCGAGACAAUCGGUCAAAGAAUGGGCGCGCACCUCUGAUGGACGCGCCGCCGUCUGGUACGCAGUCAAUUUCCUCCGUACUUCUUUGUCAGGUGCAGGCACCGAGUCGUAUGGCACAGUCCAGCCAUCACGGUUUGGAGGAUCUCUUGCGGCUGGUGACGAACCACGCGAAGCAACACCGUUUUACCCGGGCUUACGAGAUGCAGAAGGUAGGUCCGGCUUCUUGGGUGGAUCCGCCAUUCGUAAAGUAUCGGAUAGGGAGACAGGACUUGACGAAGUAUUGCACCACCGAUGGAGUCAGUAUCUUUGUGCGCUAGUCAUUUGGGCGUACGGACAUGCUUUAGCUACACCGCGUGUCGGACCAGCAGCCACCGAGACAGGCGCGGGUGUUGGAGUUGCAGCUGGCACGGCUUCCUCCGCCGGGCCCAAUUCGGCUUCUCUGAGCGGUAGUGCUGCCCUCAACACAUCGAUCUCUCACUCACCGGGCGCCUUGCAAGGCCAGGUAUCGGCAGAAAGAACACAAAUUGGAGGCGAUAUGGGUUGUCGAGAAAUUGCUUCGGCGCGACCUAGCUCUUUAUCGCCUCUCAAGCCGGAGGGUAUCGACUACCUGGAGCGCAUGUCGACCAAGACACCAGACGAUAUCGCCUACGUCGACUGCAAAUGUUAUACCCGCGGUGUUCUCGAGAUGGUCGAACGCGAAGUUCGAGCGUCACGUUGGGAGCUCGGCCGUGAAGCUUCUGGCGUGCUGCGUAAGCUCAUCUCCAAUCACUCCUUGCCAGUUUGGGACCGGUCAAAGUUCUCUGCCGUCACAGAGCCCGAUCGGUCGGAAGCCACAGCUCGGAGAAACGAUCUCUCCACCUUGACAAUUCAGCAGCAAGCCAGACCGAUCUCAAACAAGGACGAUCCUGACACGCGAGGGUACAGCAUCCCGUCUAGUGGCCCGAAUCCUUCGCUGGCCUCAAGACCUUCGACUCUGCCAGAACGAGGUUUGAUGUCGAGUCCAUCGACGUCGAACGCGGCAGCUAUUCAGUCAUCGGGCAGGUAA